AUGCGAUUCGUCGCGCCACCGCCUAUAUCCGGCGAUAUCUCACCGUCUCCUUCACCAUCUCCUUCACCGUCUUCCGGUGUUUCCGAAGAGAUUCUUUCUCGUUCUUCAGAUCCUCCUCUGGAAUUCAGUCCUCCGUUGAUCGCUAUGGUGGUGGUUUUAGCCGCCGCUUUUCUUUUCGUCACUUACUCUCGUCUCAUCUCCCGCCGUUUUAUUUCACCUCUCUUCCGUCGUUUCCGACGUUGGCGAUGCCGUCGGAGACGUCUCCUUCACUUAUCCUCUGCUUCAACUUCAUCCUCCGAUCUCCGAUCAUUUUCCCCUUUCCCUUUCGACUCUUUCCAUUACUCUUCGUACUCACCUUACGGAUUAGACGAUUCCGUUAUCAAAACGCUUCCGCUGUUUCUUUACUCCGCCGCCGCUUGCACCGGAAAAAGCGUUUCCACCGCUACUCCGGCGGGGAAAAAUUCCGCAGAUUGCGCCGUUUGUUUGUUGGAAUUCGAAGAAGGAGAUUACGUACGAACGCUUCCUUUAUGCUUCCAUGCUUUUCACCUUGAAUGCAUCGAUGAAUGGUUGCGAUCUCACCCUAACUGUCCUCUCUGCCGCACGGCGAUUCUCGGAUCCGGCGUGUUCGCUCCGACGUCGCCGUUCGUUCCUCUAAUGGCUCCUCGGAUCCGUCCAAGCUUCGACGAUGAAACAAACGCGAUCGUAACCCCUAACCGGAACACAAUCGCUGCUACGGUGACGACGAUCGAUCAAGAGAUCACGGCGUCAGUGGAAGAACAAUCACCGGCAAUUUCUCGAUUCCGGGAACUGAAGAGAUCGUAUUCGUUCGAUUACGAGAGAGAAGAAUCGGUUUCGGAGAGAGUAACGAUGGAAUCGUCGACGGUGUCUCCAUGGAGAUACCGUCGAUCUACAUGGAACAACAAGCAGCGACAACAAUCUCCGUUCGGAAACCUAAUAUCGAAAUCGAGAGUGUUCUCUUUCCGUUACUACAGAGGAACGAAAUCACCUUUCUUCCGGCGACGAUCGGGAGUGUUUUUCCCGAUAUCGGAACGGAUUCCGGCGACGGGAAGCUCAUCUUCACGGCGGACGAAAUCGAUGACGAGUCCGAUGUUUUUCAGAACAGCACCGCACUCGUCGAGCAGGCUAAGAUGCGGAGAUCCAGAGGCACUGUUAUCGCCGGAGAGAUGGAGAAGAAGGGACACGUGUAGGGUAGAUAUGUAG